AUGGCGCCAUCAACUUCUACGCCCACCAAUCUGCGCCGUGCACCUAUUGCUUGUCUUCAGUGUCGGGAAGCCAAAGUUCGCUGUCUACUUUCUCAACAGUCGCAUAUUUGUGAUAGAUGCAGAGCAAAUGACACCGAAUGCCUUUUUGCGCAGUCGAAAAGAACCCGAGUGAGGGUUCAGCCAUAUCCCCAACGUGGAAGACGUGGACCAGAAACUACAGAGAACCGCAAUCAAUCUUCCUUGGAUGGAAACACCUCUGCUCGAACCCAAAGAGUCCCGCAGCAACAUGUCCAUAGCGAUACAAUUCUUCCUACAAAUCGACUUCCUGAUGCCCCUAGCCAGGGUGUCACCUCUGCAGACAGCAUCCAGCAGGUGCCGUCGCAACACCCACAACCGGUAAUCACUAACGCCACACGAGCAAGAAUCAUUGCCGCACUGGCUAGUAUCAAAGGAAAGAGAGGGUCACCGUUCACUUUCGUCACCUCGGGAGAUAGCCCCUCAUUUAAUGCUAGUGGGAAUUCAGACACCUGUACUCCAACCAACCGCCCACAUCAAGACAUGUGUGAGCCAGAACGGAAGCCACUCCUAUCCUUAAAGCUUUCUGGAAUUCUCAAACCCUUGAAGAUAAGUGUGCCCACCGCGGGUGAUGAAGAUGACUGGCGACCGGUUGGCUCUGUCAAAAUGCCCAGCUAUAUCUCUUCUAUGACCCUGGGUCACACUGUUGUAGAUCCGAUAAAGGGAGGAAUUAUCAGCCCUCAGGUAUCUCAGGCUUUGUUUGAAUUUUUUAUGAUACAGAUGAAUGCAAAAUGGGAGUAUCUUCUCGACCCUCACAUUGAUACUCACGAUAGCGUUCAAAUGCGGAAUUCCUUCCUGUUUUCUUCAAUUCUCUUUUGCUCGUCCAAAUUUGCAAACUUUAUCGACGGGAAGAUAGUCUCCACCCCUGAUCUAUUUCUACAAAGCCGACUUUGUAGCUUAGCACGGAAUUUGGCGAUUAAAGCCAUUGCUGAGGGCAGCAGAUCCAUCGAGACCUUGCAAGCUUUUUACCUGCUAGUCUGCUGGAAGGAUGCAGAUGAUGACGUCUCGUACCUCCACAGCGGUUACGCCUUUCGUAUCCUUCAUGAUCUGGACUUGGAAGAUUGUGACAUUGACGGGCGUCGAAUGGCAAGGCAAAAAAGAACGUGGCUUGCGUUGUUUCGACAAAACAGGCAGCAGAGCCUCUUUUUUCUGCGGAGAGGCUCGCUGAAUCAAGGCGAUCAAGAAACACCUCCUCUUGGUGACCUUAAUGUCUGGCUCAGAAUGCCAUACGCUUUGCCGCUUGAUUUUGCUGCUUGUUGCAGUGCCGAUCUACGCUGUAUACAAUAUAGAUUGCGUCACUUGGUUCAAAGGAAAUCGCUAGACAUGCUCCCGUGUCUGGUGGAGCUCAUGGAUGCAGACUUGAGAUCUUGGAGAUUCAAAUGGUGCAAUCAACUGGAAGGCGAAGGAUGUCAGCGCCCAGAGGAUAAUCCAAACCUCAAGCGUGAAUUUUUAUUUCCUGGUGGCCAUCAUCUCACUACUCUGAUCAACGUAUGGGAGAAUGGUGUCAGACUCAAUGUGGCUUCUUCCAUAUUCCGCCAAGCUUUGAUGGCUUCUCUAUCCCCAUCUGUGGAUCUCAAUAACCCGCCAGCUAGCUCCACAAUGGAACUUGACCUGUCAAAUACCCAAGAAGUAUCGUUACAGAAUCUGCCAGGGUUGACGAGUAGCGUGGAAGGCGCUUUUGGGACCUUGCGCCAUUUGAUGAACUUUCCGCUGGGCGACCUGAGACUAGCUCCUGAUGCCGUUCUUUUACUCGCCCCAAACGCAGCAUUGUUCUUAUGCCUGCUUCUUUGUCUCCCAGGGAAUGGCGUCAUUGGGGAAGCUUUCCAGAAGACAGCAAUCGAUCUUAUUCGUGCUAUUUCCCGGCACAUGGGGCAGUCUAUACAAUCACCACAGGAUACAGUCGCCCUGCAUUCUGCGUACCUGGAAUCGCUGGUAGAGCUUUUGAACCCAACGGACCAACAAGAACUUCAAAUGGAACCAGCCUUCGACAAGGCGAACGCAUCUAGGGGCGCGGCUGAAUUGGAAUUUAAUGAUGCAUCGUCACAACCAUCUGAAUUGGCUGGGGGGAUCAGCAUGCACACCUAUAAUAUGGCGCAAAACGAUGCCCCCUUGACUCCUAGUGACUUUAGCCAGAAUUUGCAUAUGCAAAGUCUGUCUAAUUUGCUAGAUGGUCAUCUCUUCUGGGAAAUGGCCUCUAUACCCGGUGAUGUGAAUUUAGGCUCGUAG